AAAGUGGAGAAAAAUGCCACAUCUUGAUAAUGAAGAAGAAUAAGAAGCGCUUCCCGCUGGUCCCCUAUUAAACAAGGGCUUGGCACAGCGGUAACCUAUAUUUUGAUCUGGCAGGUUUUUAGACCGGAUGCCCUUCCUGACGCAAUCCCAAAGGGAUGUGUGUCUCCUCCUGGAAUCGAGGCAUGGAUUUUUCAGCCGAAAGAAACUAAAGUUUCUUGGCUCUAAAGUUGAAGCGUCGAGUUUUGAUGUUUGUACAUUCAUGUUAUGCAUUCAGAGUCACACUAGUAUAUAAAAAGGAAUCUAACAGCGGAUGGGUGAAAUGUCCGUUCAGUCCAGCAGAGGAGGAGCAGGCUUUGAAUUACAGGCCACCCCUAUCCAUCUCCCAGCCCCCUACACAGAUGCUACAUUCAACGGAGGAAACGGAAAAGACGAAACACACAAGAAGGUUUAUCAUUUCAAAACUCCGGGGCUGUGGAAAGAACAGAGAGUUCCCUUUUAACCCCACACUCACCCGCUUUUGGCUUCCCUGUUGUCCCACCAGAAGCCCGGCCCUCCAGGCCUUUUAUUUUCACACUUUGCCCAUCUUUUCCCCAGCUGUUUGCAGCUGGCAAAAAAGCACCCGCCCUGUUCGGGAAAAAGUGGACCGAGAGUGACCGGAGGAGGAGAGAGAGCGAUGCCACCCCAACCUCCCCAGCCGCAGGUGAGGGGGAACAUCCUGAAGUUCCUCAGGAGUUUUAUGGGAAUUACGCGGAUCCUGCAGAUCGUGUUCGGAGCCUGCCUGUGGGUCACCAUCGCCGCCAACAAAUACGGGGGGUCUAUCCACUUCGUGCUGUUCGUCGCUGUCUUCUUUUGGCUCCUCACCCUGGCCCUUUUCUUCCUCACCCUGCUGGACAAGCAGGACCUCGUGCCUUUGCUGGGAGGGGAUCGCUGGUCGUGCACCAACCUGGCGCACGACGUGUUCGCCUCGGUGCUCUACCUGCCGGCCAUAGGCGUCAUGAUCUACAAUACCGAUCGAAACUCCUUCUGCAACUUGCCUCAGUACAAGCAUCCAUGUCUGUACAAAGUCUACCUGACAGCCGCUGUGUUCGCCUGCUUCAGCUGCCUGGCUUACCUCCUGUCCGUUAUUUUUGGAGCGUGCAGAAAGUGUCAAAGAGGGUAAACUGUUGAGCAGCGUGGGUGCUCAAGGGUGGUCAUGGCAAGAUGAGGAAUAGUUAACGUCACUGUAAUUUCACUCAACGGUUACUCUAAUCUCUGUUUUCUCCUCUCUCUUAACAAUCCACGGUGGUGGCGAAACAGGAUCGGCCACUGUUUAUUGGUGUGUGUUUAAUGGUUACUUACAUGAAAGAGACCUGUUGGUAUGGUGGCUAAGUGCCGUGUGUUGUCUCCUUGUUAAGCUCAACAAUAGCCUAUAUAGUUAUGAAGACUCUUAUAAUAUUAAUGUAUGGACUUGUUAUUGUGGCCUAGCAGUAUAUUUAGUGGUAACAGUGAAAUGGCCUUAACAUAGCCUACAUUUUCCAGAUUAGUAUUGGUACUGGUUAACAGUCCACCUUAAACUUUUUUUUAUAGAAUUGCUACAGUUGUUUUAACAGGGGUUUAUUUUCAUUACCUUUUUAAAUAUAUUUUUAUGUUUACUUAUUUUUUACUAAAAAGUUGGACUGAAAAAUCAGUUUGUUUGUUUGUUUGUUUUUUAAAUCAGUGCCUUCUGUCCGAAUGCUGUAUACUCAACAACAAGGUGAUAACAACAACUCCACAACACAGAUGUGAUUGGUGCUACAGUGUGUAUGCUGAACAAAAACCUUUAUUAACAGUUCAUUGUGGCUUUUAUAAUAAACACUAGUCAGUCAGUGAGCUAUUUCUUUCAUUGUGAUCGUGUAUCAGUGCUUUCAGAUAAGCUGCUUCAGGACAUUGUUUUAAUUAAAUUUGGAGACAAAACCAGGCAAAGAGCACACAGCGCACCGAGCCUUUUGUGGUCUUUUUUUUCUUUUUUUAAAUGAAACACAUAAUUAGAGCUUAACAGCAACGGAACUUCCUUUUGGGAGAUAAAAGCGUCGGCCAAUCAGCAGGGAUCAUUUACAUGCUACACCACAAAACCACAUGAAAGACAUCAAACCUUAGACCUAUGUGCUUCUUGAAGAAAAAUGACUCAUUCGCAGGGGCAAACAAAAUGCAUGCGCUGUAGGAUGGAGUUGUCUGGGAGUUAUCCUACUUUGCCAAAGAUGUCUGAGUGCGUGUGUUUAGUCUCGCGUGAACAAUAAUCUGGGAAGAGGCUUGGUUCUUACCGGAACAGUCUGUUGGGGUUCUGGAGGUGGGCUAACAUUCAGCCAAUGAAAAUAAAGCCCAAUGAGUUAGAAGAUGAUUUGAUGUCUCAUAUAUUCCAGUCAGCAUACAGUUCCUAAAAACAUGCUGCAGACAAGUUGCUUGAACAGCACCUAAAACUACAUUCUGGCAACUUUUUGGCCACCUUUAUUAUAAAGAGGCUGAUUUGUACUGAUAAGCUGCAUACUCAUUGCUGAUAUGUAGUUUAAAAAACACAAACACACACUUUUCCUUUUUUGGAGUUUCCUUUUUUUUUUUUUUUUGCCUUGCAUACUGGCAACAAACCAUGAUGAGUUUUUCUUGGAGAGGAGCGCAAGGAUGAAAUGUUGUAUUAUUACCACUCCAAAUUUUAGCAUCAAGCACCAGAAUAAAAGCAACAGCCAUGCAGUUAAUAGAUUAUAGAUCAGCAGUACAAUUGAAUUAUUAUCUGAAAAAGAGCUGGAAAAAAUUGCUUUUGAUUUUGGGAAACAUCUGUGGCCAGAAUUUUAGGAGUGAAAGGGUUAACAUUAACCAGCUGGAGGGUCAGGAUAUAAAUCUAGUGCUUCUAAAGGAGGGAAGAAGCCCCCCUUCCACACACACACACAUGCACCCCUCCCUUCCCCCUCUGAGAUCAGGAGUGUCGUCCUGUCCACGUGUCGGCGCCUGUGGGAAAGCACUGUUGUAUACAACCAAAUGGAGACGGCACACAACAGCCCACUUUAAACAAAGCAGUAUCAAACCGAAGCCAUGGUUUCAGUUUGAUACUGAAAGUACUCACGGAGAGUCAGUUUAAAUUUUGGAUGACUCACGGUGACGGUGGAUGCUCACAGUUAAGGCCAGAAAAGGAGUCUCCACAUUUAAACCUUUAAGCCUGACCACAUUUACAGGCUCCUCGUUAUUCACUCACCGCAGUUUAAAGAUCUUGUUUUUUGUGAAUGAGUUCAUUGUGAGUUUGCUUCAUAAACAUUACAUCGAUUGUCCAAACAAUGAGCCCAUUUAAUCACAGGUAGCGAGACUGGAAAUUACGGGUGUGGGUGCAACAUGGGCGAGGUUGUUGUUUUGGGGGUUUUUUGUUGUUGUUUUUUUAAAGCUACAUGGGGAGAAAAGAAAACCCAGACACAUAGUACAUAUAGAGUCAGACCAUACCCUGGAGUGCCAACUGUGUGAUAUUUAUUCUGGCAAGUCGACCAAAGAGACGUUUCCUGUAUGCCUGCGUGCGCUCUCCCACCCUUUUGCAAGCAACCAAGUUAUAAAGAGUUCCUCUGCCUCUCCUUGGAAGCACAGCACCCUGUUACAAACUGCUGCCUUGGACUGAUGUCACAGAAAAACUUUAUUAAUCUAACAAUGAGGCCAAAAAUGGAUAACAAUGACAUGACUAUGUCUUAUGGUUGUAAUUAAAUCACUGGUAAGA